ACCCCCUCUCUAUUCAGAGUUAACAGUUUGCUCUGCACAAACAGGAAUGCUUUGCUCCCCCCGCCUUCCCCACCACACACACCCCUUUACUCCCCACCUUCCUGCACACACUCUGGUCAGCGUGCCACUGUGUGUCGAUGUGUAACAAGUUCUCUCCCUCUUGUUUCUCAUGCCUCUUUCUUUCUCCCAACCAUGUGAAGCAUCUGGAUCUGUGUCACUCGUUCGAAGCAGUUGGUGAUGGUCAGCAAGUGUUUCCUGAGGACCUGAUAAAAGACUGGAUGUGGUUGUAACUAUGGUUAUGUCAGGGCGGGGGGCAUGGACCCUCUCCCCCUGUGGCCUUGUCCUGGUCAUCUGUUCAUCUGUGUGUUUGUCCCAGCAGCCUCACAUCAAACCUGCAGACUGCAGCAGAAAGGAACAUCCUGUUGUCUCCUACCAAGCAUUAAGGCCAUGGAUCUCAGAGUUCUCCCACCCAGGGGUGAAGGAUUUCUCCCAGAUGGCCCUGGACCUGAGCAGAAACCAGCUCAUUGUGGGAGCAAGAAACUUCAUCUUUAGAUUGAGUUUGAGCAACGCCUCCCUCAUACAGGCAACAGAAUGGGCACCUGAUGAAGACACAAAGCGUUCAUGUCAGAGCAAGGGCAAAUCUGAGGAGGAAUGUCAAAACUACAUCCGGGUUCUGUUACUCAGUGGGAGAUUUUCUUUUUCCUGUAAUUUACAGAGUUGUUUUUAUCCUUGUCUGUCUUUCUGUCAGAUUGGUAACAUCAGUCAGGUGUUGGACACAGUAAAUGGUGUUGCUCGAUGUCCCUAUGAUCCACGUCACAACUCUACCGCCAUGGUAACAGAGAAGGGCGAGUUGUAUGCUGCUACAGUGAUUGACUUCUCAGGACGUGACCCGGUCAUUUACAGGAGCCUGGGGAACAUGCCACCACUGCGCUCCGCCCAGUACAACUCCAAAUGGCUGAACGAGCCUCAUUUUGUGUCUGUCUAUGAAAUUGGUCGGUUUGCAUACUUCUUCCUGAGAGAGACUGCAGUUGAAAACGACUGUGGGAAGAUGGUUUUCUCUCGUGUGGCCCGAGUUUGCAAGAACGACAUGGGUGGACGUUUCCUUUUGGAGGACACCUGGACCACCUUCAUGAAGGCCCGACUCAACUGCUCCCGCUCAGGAGAAAUCCCCUUUUACUACAAUGAGCUGCAGAACACCUUUUAUUUACCAGAGCAGGACCUGAUCUAUGGCAUCUUCACCACUAAUGUGAACAGCAUAUCAGCUUCAGCUGUCUGUGCCUUCAACCUGAGCUCCAUCACUCAGGCCUUCAAUGGACCUUUCCGCUACCAGGAGAACCCCCGUACUGCCUGGCUGUCCACCCCAAACCCCAUACUCAAUUUCCAGUGUGGCACACUGGAGGAGGGAGGCCACGGGGGAAACCUCACAGAGCGCAGCCUCCAGGAUGCCCAGCGACUCUUCCUGAUGAAUGACGUGGUCCAGCCAGUGACCAUCAACCCUCUGCUCACCCAGGACAACCUGCGCUUCUCCAAGCUGGUGGUGGACAUCGUGCAGGGCCGAGACACUCUCUACCAUGUCAUGUACAUCAGCACGGAAUAUGGCACCAUCCUGAAAACUCUCGCCACAACCAAUAAAAGCCUUCAUGGGUGCUACCUAGAGGAGCUCAGGAUCCUCCCUGAAGGGCAAACUGGGCCAAUCAGGAGUCUGCAAAUCCUCCACAGUGACAGGUCCUUGUUUGUGGGGCUUGAUGACAGACUGGUGAAGAUCCCAUUAGAGCGUUGCUCCAGCUAUCCAACAGAACGUCACUGCAUGGAGGCUCGAGACCCAUACUGUGGCUGGGAUCACAAGAAAAAGCAUUGCACCACGAUCGAGGAGAGCUCCAACAUGAACCAGUGGACCCAAAACAUCACAGAGUGUCCAGUGAGGAACCUGACACAGGAUGGUGGCUUUGGUCCUUGGGCUCCGUGGCAGCCGUGUAACCAUGAUGACGGCGAGGGCUCCAUCACCAGCUGUGCGUGUCGAUCUCGUUCAUGCAAUGGACCAGUGGCCCGAUGUGGUGGGGUCGAAUGCAAGGGUCCAACCAUCCAAGUGGCAAACUGCUCCCGGAACGGUGGCUGGACUCCCUGGUCUUCAUGGGCCCAGUGCAGUAGCAGCUGUGGUAUCGGUUUUGAAGUGAGGCAGCGGUCCUGCAACAACCCCUCGCCUCGCCAUGGGGGUCGAAUCUGUGUUGGCCAGGGCCGAGAAGAGAGGCUGUGUAAUGAGAAAAAGCCAUGUCCCCUGCCAGUUUCGUGGACAGCGUGGGGCCCCUGGGCUCACUGCAGUGCUGAAUGUGGAGGAGGGGUCCACUCCAGGACCAGAACCUGUGAGAACGGGAACACUUGUCCUGGAUGUGCCAUGGAGUAUAAGGCCUGUAAUCUGGAGGCUUGCCCUGAGGUGCGUCGCAACACCCCCUGGACCCCCUGGAUGCCAGUCAAUGUUAGUCAAGAUGGGUCACGACAAGAGCAGAGAUUCAGGUACAUCUGCCGGGCACUACUACCAGACCCCAAGCAGCUCCAGCUGGGCAAGAAGAAGGCGGAGACCCGGUUCUGCCCUAAUGACGGGUCAGGAGCCUGUCAGACUGACUCUCUGAUUGAAGACUUGGUGAAGACUAGUGGCCGAACUCUAGCUCCAGGUGCUCGCUGGGGAUCCUGGGAAAUGUGGUCCAGCUGUUCCCAGCAGUGUUCCAGAGGCUUCCGAACACGAAAACGUGGCUGCUCAAUGGCCGAGGGCAGGACCAACCCCAGUGCUUGUGUAGGAUCCCCAGUGGAGUAUCAGGACUGCAACACUCAACCCUGCCCUGUGAGUGGGGCCUGGUCUUGCUGGUCCCCCUGGUCCCAGUGUUCGUCCAGCUGUGGUGGUGGACACUAUCAGCGGACUCGCAUGUGCAGCAGCCCCCCUCCUGCCAAUGGAGGAGACAUCUGUAUAGGCUUGCACACUGAAGAGGCCCUCUGCAACACACAUGCUUGUGAAGGUUGGGGUGAGUGGACGGAGUGGGGGUACUGUGAUGAGGAGGGUCUGCAGCAUCGCACUCGACGCUGUGCCGAGGACCAGGAUGCUGAGACCAGCCUGUGCCAGGGCAACAUCACCCAGUCCAGGCCAUGCCAACCUCAUGAGGUGCCAGUCAUUUUACCUGGACAGGAGGACCAGAGCUGUGGAACCUUUACCUUGUUCCAGUUGGUGGCUGUGGGCUCAGCCAGUUUCUUUGCAGCAGCAUUAGUGUCAGCGCUGGCCUACACCUACUGCUACCACCUGAACCGCCCAUCAGCAGAGUCUGCAGUCAUCCACCCCAGCACCCCCAACCAUCUCACCUACAACAAGCAGGACAACACCACACCAAAGAAUGAGAAGUACAUCCCCAUGGAGUUUAAGACACUAAACAAGAACAAUCUCCAUGUGAACGAAGAGACAUGCAACCACUUCCCCUCCCCUCUGCCCUCCAGUAAUAUGUUCACCACCACAUACUACCCCCCCAACCUGAGUAAAUACGACUUCCAUCCAGAUUCUCCCUGCAGGACCUACAGACACAGCUGAGAGGAGGUCAGACUCUAACUCCAGCACCACUCGAAGGUUUCCUCAGUCAAAAACAAAUACACUAGGAUUUUUACAGAUUGUCCUGUUCGUCAUCCUCACGUUCCCAUGAAAUUAUUAGACCUCAGUUCAGCACAAUUACGCUUAUUUUUAGAAGUAUUUUGCUGUGCAAGUAGCUUAGGCUUUAUUUGUUUUAAAAUAAUAAUAAUAAUAAUAAUAGUAAUAAAAGAAUUAUUUACUGUAGUCACUGUAAUCAAUCCGGUUUUUCAAUUGUUUGUAGCAACUCAGUGAAAUGUUAUUGAGUCUUGAUGCACAGUUACUACAUGCUGUUUUAUUUUGAGUUGCUACAGCAUAUAGAGUAGUUUAAAGUUUGGUGCAUACAGCACUGGCAUGUGUGCAUAUUUAUCUGAAGAUCUGUGUGUACCAUAUACAACCAGUUAUAUGAACAAAAUCUUUGUUUGCCACCUGAAAGUUCUAUCUGCCUUCAGUCCCACAAAAUCCCAGUGAGCACAGUCAUGAAUAUUUACACGUAGAUACUUUCCACUAGUGAUAUUCCACUAGUUUAAUAUUCCACAAAAUAAAGUGAGGGCCUAUGAACAAAUGUCAAUAUUCAUAGACACUGAUACUAAUGUGACUGAACCUGGCCGCCUACUUGUUUCCUCCCAUUCUGCAAAAUAUGGUUGUAUUUUUUUUUGGUCUGAGGCAGAAGAAGUGACUGGUUCACCGUUCACCAACAAGGAGCUGCAUGUACUCAGGUCAGCCGCAGUCCUUGUUAUAAAUUUUGAGCUUCAUCUCUAAGGAUGCCGCAAUGACAGCCAUCCUUCAGCCUUUACCCCCUGAAGGAUGACUCGUGUUUCAAUGGAAACCAGCACCUACAGUACAAGCGUCCCCUUCCUCUCACUUCCCCCUGAGGUGCUCCAGCUGUGCUCAGAGCAGUGUGAAAGCAAGGCUGGACUCCAAACUCCAGGACUUCAGCUAGACUUCAGACAUUGUAUACAGCUGGAUUCCACUGGACUGAGAGGAGACUCAUCUGCUGCUGAUUGCUGUGGGGACUUCCAUGUAAUUUUAGCAGGUGAGUUCAGAGGUGGGUGCCACAGUGGCGCAGGUGGUUAGCGCUGUUGCCUCACAGCGAGACAGUUCCAGGUUCGAGCUGCCUUUCUGUGCGGAGUUUGCAUGU